AUGACGGUCAAUCUUCAUGACAUCUCGGCUGCUGAACUCCUCGACCACUUGCAGGAUGCGAGCAUGGGGAGUGCUUCUGGUGCUCUUCCUCCUAAAGUGGUUGACACCGCCAGAGACAGCAUCCUAGCGCAUGUGACUGAACGUCAAUCUCUCAAACCUGGAGACAUAAAGCGUUUGAUGUCGGAUAAGCUUGCCGAUGUGCCCUCCAAACCCAAAGGCAAGCAGGAAGCCAAGCAACACGAGAUCGUGAUAGAUGGUAAAACGUAUCGAUCUGUCAAUACAGCUACUGGUUUACCAAAGGAUAUGCUUACUAUUAACGCACCUCCUACACCGAGGCGCAAUCCAAGACAAAAGACUCGUUAUAGUAAUGGUAAUCGCAAUGGGGAGAGAACUGAUAAUGGCCCUCCCCCACGAACCAAGCAAGCACAAGAACCUCUGCCACCAACUACUACAGAGUAUAAGAAUCCGAGCUCUGCAGUGAAGUCUCGUGAACGCGAUUGGGAGCGACUGCGACAAUACUCUGCAUGGUUGCCUAAGCUCGUAAUUCAGAAAACUUUUGACUGUACAACUCAGUUGGCUCGCAUUCCCAUGAGUGCCCACCUUCAACGUCACUACCGUUCACCGUUCCCAGCGCUUAAUGUCAACAGACGAAAUGAAGGUUUAGCCACCGAUACCGUCUAUGCUGACACGCCAGACAUUGAACAUGGACAUGUGGCAGCCCAGUUCUAUGUGGGACUAUCCUCUCUUGUUAGCGACGUCUAUGGUGUCACUUUGGAUGCUCAAUUUCUCCAGACAUUACAGGACAACGUACGGAAGCGAGGAGCACCAUCCAAACUUGUGAGCGAUCGGGCUCAAGCACAAGUUUCCAAAGCAGUGAAAGACUACCUCCGUUGGCUAUGCAUCGAUGACUGGCAAAGCGAACCGCAUCGCCAGAACCAGAACCCAGCCGAACGAAGAUACCAAGAUGUUAAACGAUUAGCCAACAGGAUUCUGGACCGCACCGGAGCACCUCCUACUCUAUGGCUCCUAGCCCUUCGCUAUGCAUCUUUUGUCUACAACUAUACUGCUGUCAAGGGCCUUGGAUGGGUGACUCCAAUCCAAGCGCUGACCGGUAUAACCCCGGAUAUUAGUGUACUCCUUUGUUUCCACUUUUAUGAAAAGGUAUACUAUAAAACGGAAGAACCGGCCUUCCCUUCUGACUCUCCGGAGUCCCUUGGCUACAUGGUAGGCAUUGUUGAGCACGUUGGUCAUGCCAUGACCUACAAGAUCCUGAACCCAGAAACGAAUAAAAUAUUGUUUUGUUCGGAAAUCCGCUCUGCUUCAACUGACACUGAUCCCAACAAACGUCUUCAUACAUCUGAUGGGGAGGGCUUGUCAGCCCCUACAAUAAUCAAAUCCAGAAACGACAAGACUAAAGUUCAAACCAUUCUUUAUUCCAGUGACGACGAAUCAGACUCUGAAGACGUUCUUGUGGAAAACAGUGAUCUCAUUGGUUGA